AUGUCUUCAGAACUGAGAGAAGUGCUUGUGGAGGUUUAUGUCAAUGGUGUCUUCUACUGCACUGACAGUUUCUGGGCAUCAGAUGACCAUGAUGUGGAGUCCGAGAUCACCAGUGCCAUCUAUGACAAUUUCAAUUGCUAUAAACCAGAGAACAUACAUGUGCAGCUGGAAGAAGUCUCCUGUGAGGAGAAAGAUGUGCAGCUGGAAGAAGUCUCCUGUGAGGACAAAGAUGUGCAGCUGGAAGAAGUCUCCUGUGAGGAGAAAGAUGUGCAGCAAGAAGAAGUCUUCUGUGAGGAGAAAGAUGUGCAGCUGGAAGAAGUCUCCUGUGAGGAGAAAGAUGUGCAGCAAGAAGAAGUCUUCUGUGAGGAGAAAGAUGUGCAGCUGGAAGAAGUCUCCUGUGAGGAGAAAGAUGUGCAGCUGGAAGCUGACGUCAACGAUGCCAUCUCAGAGUCCGUGUCGCUGAAGUUUGAAGAACUGACUGAUCCAGUGGGGUCUUCCACAGAAGUGGAGGGGAGCGUCAGUGAGAUUGAUCAGGAAGACAUGGAUGUUUCUCCUGAAACUUCUGAGGAGAACAUCCCAACAGAAUUUGCCAAAGUGAGGAAGACAAUGAGUGAUUUCUUCCGAACUGGGAUCUCAUCACAGUCUAAGACUGAUCCGGCUGUUUCCGAGUCGCUGUGUAAAGUAGCAGGAAGCAGCAGUGGCAUGGAUGCUUCAUCUGAAAUCUCUGAGGAGGACAUCCCAUUAGACUUUGCCAAAGUGAGGAGGACCAUUAGUGAGUACUUCCGGACUGGGAUCUCAGCACAGCCCAAAACUGAUCUGGCUGUUUCCACGUUCCUGUGUAAAGCAGCAGGAAGCAGCAGUGAGAUUGGUCAGGGUGGCAUGGAUGCUUCUUUUGAUAUCUCUCAGGAGGACAUCCCAAUAGAAUAUGCCAAAGUGAGGAAGACAAUUAGUGCGUUCUUCAAAAAGCGUUAUGAGAAUUCAACACAGCCGGAUCCAGAUGUUUCAGAGUCACUGUGUGUCCCAGAUGCAAGUGUUCCUGAACCAACAUCUGAACCUUUGUCCUCAUCAUCUGAGCCUAUGGAACCUGGACUGGAUCCUGAGGAAUGGUCUAUCCUGAGCAGUUCUGAACUGGAACCUGUGUCCUCAGAAGGUUUGGUGGUUGACAUCAGCGAUGCCAUCUCAGAACUGAGAAGCCCAACGCUGGUGUCUGAAGAUCUGACCGAUCCAGAAAGGCCUUCAGCAGAAGUGUCAGGGAGCAGCAGCGGGACCGAUCAGGGUGGCACUGAUGUUUCUCCUGAAACCCCUGAGGAGGACGUCCCAACAGAAUAUGUCAAAGUGAGGAAGAUCAAUAAAAUGAGUGCGUUCUUCCAAAAGCUUUUUGGGAUCUCAGCACAGCCUCAGAAGGAUCCAGCUGUUCCAGAGCCUCCGUGUAUCCCAGAAGCAAGCGUUCCAAAGAGAGAACCUCAAGUGACAGAGCUUUCAGUCUCAGAGAACUAUAUUCCUCAAAACAUUUCCCAGUUGAAAAACCGUUUGGAGGAAUGUACACUGUCUGAGACACCUGUCACUGAGGUCUGGCCCAACAUCUUUGUGGGAAAUGAAGAGACAGCAAGAGACCGAACCAAACUCAAAGAGAUGGGUAUUACCCACAUCUUAAAUGCUGCAGCUGUGAAGAAGAAGCUGAGGGUUUUGAUGGGAAUGCCAAAAGAGAAAGACCUGAAUGGAAAGAUUAAUACAGGGAAGAAAUAUUACAGAGGCAUGAACAUCAAAUAUUGUGGCUUGCCUACAACACACAGAGAUGGUUUGAAAAUGGGCAUGUACUUCUUACCAGCUGCCAAAUUCAUCCACAAGGCCCUGAGGAACCCAGAAAAUAAGGUGUUAAUUCACUGCUGUGAUGGUGUCAGCCACUCCCCUAUACUUUUGCUGGCAUAUCUGGUGAUCCACCGUGACAUGAUGGUGGAGGAAUCCAUCGAUCACGUUAUAAAGGUGCGACACAUCAAGCCCUCCGUGAGCUUCCUGAUGCAGCUGAUGUCCCUCAAUGCUGAACUUGUGGAGCAGCGAAAACAACCAGGCAGCAAAGUGCCACUAAAAACAUAG